GAUGACAACUAAUGACAUCUGGGAACACGUCUCGGCGUCCAUCAGUUUCGGUUUAUUACUGUGAUUUGCUGUGUUCGUCAUGGCUUCAACGGAAUCUCUGGUGUGUGACACUCUCGACCUGAGCGGUCAAGGUCUCAAAAAACUCAGCCGGUGUCCCUCAGAUGCUGAUAUCAGUACACUGAUCAUAGAUGACAAUGAUUUACAACGUCUCGAUAAUUUGGAUUCCUACCACAGAAUUACCAAGCUUUCAAUGGUUAGAAAUCAAUUGCUACGAAUGUAUGGAGUAUCCAAGUUAUAUAAUCUUGUUACUCUCAAUUUAGCCAAUAACGGUAUACUUACAAUAGAAGGUAUCAAGGAUAUGAUCAAUUUGCAAACUUUGUGUUUGGCUGGCAAUAACAUUAAGUCUAUUGAACAUCUACAUACAAAUACGAAGCUGGAACACUUGGAUCUGUCUGAAAACAGUAUCAGUCAUAUAUCAGAUAUAUCUUAUUUGCGAAAUUUGAAGGAAUUGUUCUUACAUAACAAUCGCAUAAUAACACUGCGCCAAUGCGAACGCUACUUGCCUACAUCUCUUGAAACAUUGACAUUGGCAAAUAACAAUAUCACCGAUUUGAAUGAAAUGUCGCACUUGGCUAAUCUAAAAAACUUGGUGAAUUUUUCCAUUGCUAAUAAUCCAUGUGUGUGUAUGACAGGUAACAAUAUUGGGUUCGACUAUCGACCUUUUGUUAUUAAUUGGUGUAUGAGCUUAAAGUCAAUCGACGGUUAUGCGGUUGAUCCUAUUGAAAGCUUGAAAGCGGAGUGGCUGUAUUCUCAGGGACGAGGUAGACAAUUCCGCGUUGGUGAACAUGCAUUACUUGCUCAAUAUCUAGCGUCGGUCUGUCCGCUCUCGGGUGAAUCCUUAGAAAACGAGACGGACAGGAAACUUAGGCUCAUACUGAGCAAAGCUCAGCAUCAUCAGCAGCAAUUGAAUCAACAGAGCGAUGCCGGGAGCGUGCACAGCUUGAGUAGCGUGACAAUGAGUCCUUCUCCAGCCGCUAGACGUAGACUUAGCCAUAACAGGACAAACUCUCCCAGACGACCUACUUCUUCAAGGACUUCCUUGAAGAUGAAGUCGCCAGAUCGAAUGGUUUCCAGUUGUCACACCGACACUAUAGUUUCUUCGUGUCAUGGUUUAUUGAGCGGCGAACAUGAUUCGAAUCUAAUGACCCAAAGCUUAGAUCCCAAUAUGCUUUCCGGUACGUUGAAUAACAAAGUGUCGAACAAUAGUUUGCAAGAUAUGGAAGAAACAUCAAGCCCUCUGCAAGCAGCUACGAAAUUGGUUCCUGUACCGGAAUCUCUGAUGAGCCCGGACUUCCGCCCGCCGUCCGGCUUGUCGCGAAUUUUGCCGAAAACCCCCACACCAAGCAAAUUAAGCUCGCCGUGUCAAAUUACAAUACCGAGCAAACCAUCUAUAGAUGGCGACGGGAAGGCAAUACCAAUUAUAAAUACCGUAAAUCCGAUGGCAAAAACAAAUUUGAACAUCAUCAAAGCAAACGUACUCGCGAAAAGCAAUUCCGCGACAAAUUGUAGCGUAAAACCAAAUAUAGCCAAGCCAAUCGUGACGUAUGCCAACAGCAAAUAUCCGCACAGUGUGAAAAUCAACAAUUACGUUCAGAGCAAGACAUUGCCCGCGAAGAGAAACACAAAGAGUCCGAAUCUAAGCAGAAAUCUACAGCGACCAAAGAGUGCAAACGAGAGACUUAAGAAUAUAAACAAGGAGGAUAAGAACGGCGAUGCCGACAACGGAACUCAGAGCAGCGACGAGGACAGCGAAGUGUGUCAAGCGAAAUUGGACAGCAUUCGGCAUCGGGCUAUCCAAAGAAGACAAGAGGACAGCAACAAAGUGAGCACUCACACACACCAGGCGCGCGGCUCACUGACGUGCGUCUGGCUAAAGAUCUGCGCUGAUUGGCCUGAUUUACUCAAUAAUUACUCCUUUAUUAUAAAUAAUAAAAAAAUGGUUCAGGACUUUUUGACUCAGUUUUACUCCUUCUACCUGCCUACGAGAGAUUGUACGGCAAUUCUGGGACACCCUGUAUAUAUGUGCACGCACAGUUUCCGCACAAACAUCCUGCGAAUGGCUCGUAAGGCCUUAUAUAUUUCUUGUUAACAUUUUUUUUUAUCAUGUUAUAUGAUUCUUUUGUCUCUUUACCAGGUCCAACAAUUGCAAGAUUCGAUGUCCGAGAUAAAGCGUUGCAUGUCCAGCAUGAAUCCAAAACCUAUUCUCGUUGACAACGGCGUCGCUACCCAGACGGAGAUAUCUGCCGUCCACACACCGGCGGGCGAAGAAAAUACAUUCCCGUACGGACGUCCUAACAGACCGCAAAGUUUACCGAUACAUCAAACGAUACACGAGGGAAACGAGAACAAGAGCUUUGCGUCAAAUUUAGUUGACAGCGUGUUGAAAAAGGUGUCGCAGUCCACUGAUACAACGGACGACGAGGUAAAUACGGAUAUCUUGAAUUCGAACGAGAAUCCCGAAGCGAUAAACUCAACGAACGAGAAUCCCGAGAUGUUCAAGAGUUGCGAGGAGGUAAUUGAAUCCGAUUUCAAGGAAGCGGUUGAGAACGAAGCGACCGAUAAUUAUGAAAAUAUAAUAGAGAACACGGCAAUAGACAGUGAAGUGUGCGAGGAAAUACUGUGCAAAGAACUGCACAAUCUGAUCGAAACGGAAAACGGAUCGGACGAUUUUCAAAACUGCGAGAAGGAGAAGGAUGACAUGGUCGAUGAUGACAAAGAAAUUUGUUAGAUUUUUGGACUGUGCCGAGUCAAAUCCUAUAUUUUAUGCCUUGUGAGAGUAAUAUAAUCACGAUGUGGGGGAUGGAUAGUAUAUAUUCUUGUCUCGGAACAUACGUGGUAAAAGAAAAGAAAAAACGGAAGAAGGAUAUUUGAAAAUGCUCACUGUAAAUAACAUCAAAAAGUAAGUCUAAUUCGUAAUUACAUAAAAUACAGGACUCAACUUUAAUUGCGAGUCAUUUUAUUACAAAAGAAGAAGGGAUACUUUGAUCACGAACAACACGCUGCCAUUUAGAUCUAAUAAAAGUAUCCGCGUCUCUAAACAAAAAAACGUGUUGAUGAAAAACAAUGCGGUAUAUAAGCAGUGUCUUCGUACUCAUGUCAAUAACUAAUUAAAUAUGUAAGUCAACUUGUGCAAAAUUCGUUACGUUUACUCGUGUAUUGUCGGAAUUCCGGAUACUUUCCGUCCAUAUGACUAAUUGUGUGUGUGACGGUAUCCAUAUAUACUUGUAGAGCAUGUAUCUCACUGAAAUAAUAUUAUCGAACACAUUUGUAUUCUAAGUCGUGUGUUUCGCAUUUCAUUAAUUUUAUUCAUUUUCUUUUUAUUUCUUCGAGAGUUUCAAUAUUACUUCGAGAAAAUUAUAUCUUAACAAUUAAAGCUUAUUGAAGCUCGAUAAGUUACUAAACUAAGAAAUAUAAUUACGGUCAUCCGAGCCGAUCGCAGGAUGUUGU